AUGGAUUAUAACUUUAUUCGAAAAUUAUUUCAAGCUGUUUCAUGCAGAGAAGGAUCUCAUGAUCCACAAAGAACAUCUGGGUUGACAAUCUUUGAUAUUGUCACUCAAUUUAGCUUUCGUGCAAGAUAUAUGCCACUUGAUACAAAUGCAUUUUUACAAAAUCUUAAAAUCAAUUGGUCAUCCUCUUAUUUAUUUGUUGCUGUUGACAAUAAAGAAAGAGUUGCUCAUUGUGGGACAAAGGAGUACAGAGAUAUGGCUAGAUUUGUGCAAAAUAUGAAGAAAAUAAAAAGAUAG